UGCGCGCGUCCGUGUCAACUCGUAUAGGACGACUCAGCCCCUCCAAACAUCGCCACUGGGGGGACAAAGGCGGCCGGGCGUGGUGCUGGCCACCCCCUUACAACCACCGCUCGCUCGUGGGGCCUUUGCCGGGCCUCGGCACGGCGAUUCGCUCGCAGCACUUGCCCCGACAGGCUGGUGAAGGCUAUCUGGCGGCGGGGGGGCUCUUUGUCUUUGUGCAGCUGUGUGUGUGUGUGUGAGCUGGGUCGGUAGCUCCGUUCAGACUCAAGCCACGGGCAGAUACCGACCGGGACGAUGGUAACCCUUCAAGGCUUCGACAGGCACGAAUAUUGGCAUUUUGGCUAUUCAAUUCAUAGCCGCGCAAGCUUCUAAACGUUUGAUUAUUUCAACAGCAGAUUUUUGCGCAGGGAUUUUUUUUUUGGGGAGGUCUGUGUGUGUGUGUGUGUAUUUAAAUCUCCGUAAAUUUUAUUUCGCUUGCCAUAUGCACAUUCAGCGUGGUGAGAUUUUGGGCAAAUAAUUGUCGAAUUAGUUAGGAGAGAGAGAGAGAUAUUCGUCGUCGAAUUAAAACAGCCGGCCGCAUCGCUACGAGGCAUCUAUCUACCUUACAAUUAAUACGUUGAGAUAAUUAGAUGUAGCACCUACGCUUCACUGCACAAUUGGUGAUUUCCUUCAACUCGCACGUACACGUGCAGAUAGCAUCGCUCUCCCGAGGCAAUUCGGUCAAGCGAUGCGUGACCACUGUUACCCUUCGCUGAUUUGAGCCCCCCCUCCCCAAGACCCCAUAUCGGGAUCGAACCGGGAUCAAAAGGGGGGGCUUCUCACAUGGAGGAGGCUUUGGGGUGAGGCUGAUUUUUUUGGAGGCCAAGGCCACAGUGUAUCUCCGUGGAGAUGAAGGGCCAGGGAUGGCUUGCUGUGACAGUCCUCGACCUGGCGCUGGGUCUCAUUGCUGCCAAUGCAGACCGGCCCCCACCGCCGGUGAACGUGUCGGUGAGCGCCGUGCGUGCCUCCUCCGUGAUCGUGUCCUGGGACGUCGCGGACGGAGACUCCGUCAUCGGUUACGCCAUCUCGCAGCAGAAGCGCCCGGGUGCGCGCCAGCGCUUCAUCACCGAGGUGAACACGACUGCGCGCUCGUGCCUCCUGUGGGGCCUCGAGGGCGCCAGUGACUACGUGGUGGCCGUGCAGGCGCUGGGCCGCGGGGGGGCGGCCAGCGAGCCCAGCCCCGGCCUGCGCUUCAGCACCCCCCCGGAGGGGGACAGCGACGAACAGCGAGACAGCAACAACUCGUCGUCGUCACGAUCUUCAUCAUCGUCACCGUCGUCGUCGUCGUCGCUGUCUGUGGCGACGUCGCUUUCGGCGCACGGAGGAGGGGCGUCGGACGUCCAGAUGAACGCUCUCGACAACCGGGAACUCAUGACGGGAGAAAUGAUCAUCAUCGUCCUGGUGCUCGUCAUGUGGGCAGCUGUCAUCGCCCACUUCUGCCGCCAGUAUGACAUCAUCAAGGACAACGACUCGAAGGAGAGCAAGGAGAAGGUGAAGAUUUCCUCCAGCGAGAGCUCUCCAGACCGCUCCGAGGACAGCAUCAAGCGCGGCAAGUACACGAAGACGCCAACGAUCAACAUCAUUGAAGUAUGACCUCCUCUGGGGGAGAGAGAGAGAUCCCCGCGAGCCAGGCAACGCGACACCCGAGGGGAGCGAGAGACAGCGAGAGAGCGCGCCAGGAGAGCUGUGGAUUCGUGAUCGUCGACGCUUCCUUUCCCGUAAUUAAUUUGAUCGUUCACCUUUCGACCCACGAUUGCCGCACGUCGCGCCGUCCGCGCUGAGACGCGGAAUCCGUUCGGGAAAUCUUGCAGCGGGGUGUGAUCGCCGCCCCUGCCUUCCUGUUGUUCUCCCCCCUCCCUC